AUGACCGAUAUAAUUGUGUACGAUCCAGCUGAUUUUCACGUCCAUCUUCGGCAAGGACAGCUAUCUCGCCUUGUCACACCUCAUGUUGCCAAAGGCGGUUUCAACUUGGCCUAUGUUAUGCCUAACUUGAAGCCCCCGAUUACGACAACCGACCUAGCUCUCGCCUAUAAACAGAGCCUGGAAGCGAUCGAUCCCAAUAUCGAGUAUCUCAUGACCCUGUAUCUAUCGCCCGAGCUUACUCCAGAUGAGAUUCGGAAGGCAAAGAAAGCCGGGAUAGUUGGAGUGAAGUCAUACCCACGGGGUGUCACUACGAAUUCAGAUGGAGGAAUUGAGUCCUAUGAGGUAUAUGACCCUAUAUUCAAGGCGAUGGAAGAGGAGGGAUUAGUCCUCAACCUGCACGGGGAAGUCCCCUCUGAUCCCGAAUCAAAUAUUUGCGUGUUAAAUGCGGAGGAAAAGUUUCUUCCGCAUCUCGUAACAUUGCACAGGAAGUUUCCGAAGCUGAGAAUAGUUCUCGAACACGCUACGACGCGCGCUGCAGUGGAGACUGUCAAGACUUUGGGGGAUACCGUUGGCUGUACCAUCACCGCCCAUCAUCUUAGCCUCUCAGUUGAUGACUGGGCAGGUCAAUCUUUCCAUUUUUGCAAGCCUGUUGCGAAAUACCCCAGUGACAGGCGGGCUUUGCAACAAGUCAUAUACGAAGGUCAUCCACGAUUUUUCCUCGGCUCCGACUCUGCUCCUCAUCCGAUAGUUUCUAAAUCCACCGCCACACCAACUGAAGGGUGUGCUGCAGGAGUUUAUACAUCGCCCAUUCUUCUUCCUCUAGUUGCACAUCUCCUCGAGUCCUUUGGAGCUUUGGAUAACCUUCAAGCAUUCGUGAGUGGCAAUGGGAGGCGCUUUUAUGGCAGAACCAGGGGGAAAGACUCCCCGAAAGCUGUGCGUGUGGUCAGAGAGAAGUCAAAGGUGGAAGCGGUCUCAGAAUUGGAUGGCAUCAAAGUGGCGCCGUUUUGGCUCGGAAAAGAACUCAACUUCAGAUUAGGCUCAUUAUAG